GUGUUACAUUUAUACACUUUCCCAGGGGAAAUAAUCGUGAAUUAUUGAUUAAGAUGUUGAUGAGGAGAUAAUGAUGAUGAGCUUGAAAUAAUUAGUUAUUUCCAUGUUAAUUAUCCUACAAAUAUCAAAGGAUAUAUCAGCAAAUGGUAUAAUUGUGUUUCUAUUGGUGUUGUUACCAUGGAGACAGAAGUACUCAUUUUGAUUGUGGCACAGAUUAUUUCUUGUCUAGCUUUUCAGAAGUCAGUUGUAAUCAAUGAACCAUGUAAUGAAGAUCAACAAUACUCGCUGGGGCUGAACGAUCAGCUAUACAUCACAGUCAAUGGUGAUAAAUUCUUUGAGAAAGCUUGUGGAAUCAGUCUGAUCGCCAACGAUGACAAAUUUCAGUGUUCCAAUCUCUGUAUCUCCAUAUCUAGCUACCAGAUCCAGACAUGUGAUCUAAGGCUUUCUAUCUACGAUACUGGAGUAUGGAAGUUUGGGUCGGCUAGUCCUGCUGUUUUAGGACAGUGUAACAACCAGCUGACUAGAAAAGAUUGGUGCUCUACUGGUAACCAGGCCAAUAUAAGACUAGAGAACACAGUUGGCACAUGGGCAACAAUGGUGGGGAAAUAUGACUUUGAAAUCAUAGUUGUGUCAAGGUGCUCUACAACACAGACUGCUGCUGUCCCAUUUAAAGUUUCAGAGAAAGAAUCCAGUGGUCCAGACCAGAACACAUUGAUUCUUAUUGGAGCCAUCUUGAGUUGUGUGAUCAUCUGUAUGGCAAUGUUCAUCAUGUUCCUGGUCUGGUACAUCAAAAGGCAGGCUAUCCUCUCUCACCAAAGUGCCAACAGCUUACCUAGGAGUAUCUCACAAGGAAGUGCUGUUUACCAUGCUGUUCAGGAAACAUGUGAUGGUCAUGUGCCAUCAGAGCCUGUUCAAGUUACAGACAAAAUGUUGACAGAUGAAGAUCCCAGUCACCGUGUCUGGAAUCAGCCACAGCCCACAGCGCCACCUGUUGAGGAAGAUUGUAGCAAAGAAAGACCUCCUAGCUAUCACGAAACUUGUAUUCCGCCCAAUUAUGAAAACACUAGCCCACAAAAUAGAGGUCGGGAAAUAGUCUGAUCACUUGCCCGAGCUGUUAAGUUGGGAAUUUUGAAUGUUUGUCCUGUUUUUCUAAAAUCAUUUGUUUCAAUAUUAUUGUGAAACAACUAUUUCACAUCAGACUGAUUGAAGUUGCUGAAACAGAAUUAAAUGUACAAACUUUAUAGAAUGACAAAUUGUAUUUUUACAAUUAACUUGAAUGAACAAUAUAUGCAGUCUGUUUUCACUCAUAUAUAUAAAUAAUUGUAUUUUUACAUGUAAAUGCUGUAGGAAUUGAAUUGAAUAAUUAUUACAUGUGCAUCGUAAUGUUUCAAAUAUAUUUGAUCAAAUACUCUUAAUGUACAGUGAUUUUUUUUAGAGUGUUAUGGCAAUUUUGAUUUACCAGAAUACGGAUUUGUUUUUUUGAGGUUAGUUUUUUAGUUUUAACGGUCAACAAUUCACAGAUGCUAUGAAUAAAUUAUGCCCCAAUGUCAGCUGAGUUGGCUCAUGUUGACCAAUAAUUUCAUUUUCAGAUUGAUUGUAAUUCUUUAUUAAAAUGACAAUACAACUAUAUGACUAUGUGGAGGAAAAAAAUCUUAAAGAAUAAUUUUCAUAAGUUUUCUUAUUAUUGAAAUUAUAAGUUAAUUUAUAUCAAUGUUGUGGGUUCUGAAGUUUAAAUUGUUAUAACUGAAGAAUCCUACUAAAUUUCAUUACUUGGAAUGAUAUUCUGGUUUUUUUUUUAAUGUUGAUUCAACUAGAAGUUUUAAUCAGGUAUUUACAUUUCAUCGGAACAUUUCUGUUUGUAAAAUUAGCGUUAUGAUUGUAAUUAUAGAAUCAUGAUGAAAAUUGUUGCCUGUCAUAUAAGAAGAUGCAGGAUCACCUUAUGAAAAUUAUAGAUGGUUUUGUAAUAAAACAACCUAUUUGUACUUUCAAAAUUCUUUUGCAAUAAAAAAAAGAAAUUUAUAUUUUAAAGACAAAUUUCACACAGUCAAAAACAAAAUGACCGUGUGAGGGCCGUAUGGCCAGUCAAGGUCAUUAAAAACUUCCAUCAUCAUAGUCAAACAGCUGGUGCAUUAAUAUUUUAAGAUAAAAAUAAGAAGAUUGUUUAUGAUAGUCCUUUUUUCAUGACAUGGGCAUUGAAGUUACUUUGCCAAGUGUGUUUUUAAUAAUUACAAAUCAGUCAAGUACCAAGAUUGUAUGUAUCACUAUUGUUUAAAACACUUGGGUGUCUGUAAAAAAAAACAAGGGACACAACUUUUAUAGUUAUAGAAACCAAUUACAAAACAUGAAUAAUUUUUGUUAAUUUUUUUAUCUUUGAAAUUUUUUGUUGUGCAAUAAUCCUGCCAGUAUGUAUGUUGUAAGAUGGUGUUAAAAAUUUGUAACAUUUUAUCCUUAUAUUUGAAAGCAGCACAAUAGAUGUUCAUUUCUAAUUUGUGAUGUUUUACUUUUUGUUUAAGGUUGAUCUUUCAUUAUUUAUAACCAACCCUGAGCUGUAUAAUAAAGUUUUUCAAGACUACCUAAGGGAGUAGACCCCAGUUAAGGGACAUAACACUUUAAGAAAAUUUCUCGUGUGAUUUUUUUCAACGAUUAUCAAUAACAUGUUUAAAGCUUCUCACAAACACAGAUCUUAAGAACUCUGACAUGAAUGCUUUAAAAAAAUAAAAAUUAUACUAAAUCUGAAAAACAUAUCACCUAUUUAAAGUUUUAUAUCCUUCAACUCAGAUCUGCGCCAUCUGUUGUCUGUGAAAGUAGUUAAAACUAUGAUACGUCAUAGAUGUUUGUCCAUGUCAUCAAAUGAAAUUAUUAAAUAGUGUUGAACAAACUGACCCUAUUUUUUCCAAAUGUUAAAUACAAAGCAGAAAAUAUUGUAUAAAAUAGAAUAACUUAAAGGUGUUGUAAGUGUUUUUUGGGAAGAUUUUUUACAAGUACUGAGUUAUCUCCCAUAUUUCAUUUUUACUUUGAUUCUUGUUUUAAAAAAAAUCAAAAUGAAGGAAAUUUAAAGAAUUUUUUGGGCAGAUUUUUUUUAAAUGUAUGAUUCUUUUGAAAAUUACUCAAAAGUGGUUAAGGUUAAUAGGUUGUAAUUGUACAUCUCGAUUGAAAAGUGCUUAAUGUUAUUUUUUAUUACAAUUGUAUAAAUAUAUUCAUGACACUUUUAUGUGUAGUGUACACGUAGAAAAGGUCACUUUUAAAGUGAAUUUAUGUAGAUAAGUACAUUUGCAUAAUUAAAAUUAUAUGUUGAAAUAAUUGAACAGAAAUUUAUUUGUAGAAUAUGUGUUGUGUUAAAUUGUGAGGUUAAUAUUUGUGGUGUAUUAUACAAUGUGCUUAUAUUAUAUCAUGUUUUAUGUCAAAAGAUUUACAUUUUAUAAAAUAUUAAACAUUUUUUGUUUAUCAUACCUCGUCCAUAUCAUCCAUGUCUAAAGGAAUAGAAUUUUAUUAAACAAUAUUAAAAAGAGAACUGUCAAUUCAGUCCGUCGUUACAAUUUAAGAUAUUUAUUAAAAAUUAUAUUGUUCUUUUUUCUGUCGAUAAAGGAAUUUCCAAAAAUCUGCAUCAUUUUUUAAAAAUAUCUAUUUAUAUUUAUUCUUUUAAAAUCCUACAUGUUCAAAUUAAAAGCGAAAAAGAUUUGGAAGUAUAGAAGGUUUAGUUUAAGCAGUUAUUCUUAGUCAUCUUUUUUUCAAUGAUGUUAGAUAUAAGUUCUAUAUCUUUAUUCCAUUAAAGUUCAUAAUGUAGGUUUUAUUUUGAUACAAGGGUCAAGGGUUAAUAAUGGGUCUCUUCUGUUUGAUUUGUGAGAAAUAACAAAAAAAGGUAUGAGAGAUUUUUAAAGUUUCUAUCUAAUUUUUCUACUAUUUAAAAUCACUAGAUUUGAAUAUGACAUUUGAAUAUGGAUUUGUACAUGACUAUAGGAGUUAUUUCUAAAUUUUACUUAUGUUAAUGCGUUAUUUCAAUCCUGUUUAUUUUUAGCUUUAAUAUUUUAUUAGAUAAUUGUUUUAUAUUGUUGAUGAUGUAUAUAUACAUUUACACUGCAUUUUAUUCUAGUCAUUUAUUUUUUAGAGGAAAUAAAAUCUCUUCACCACAAAUUCUUUGAUCUGGGUGUUUUUAACCCAAAUUCUUCUUUAAUUACUUUAUUUUUAGUAGAUGUGAAAGAAACCUUGAAAAAAUGUUGCAUUUCUAUUAUGUGGGUCUCAUUGGGGUCUAAGCGUGACCCAGGAUUGCCGAUUUUUUGUAAGCGUGACACGUGAAAGUCAAAUUAUUGUGGUGUGAAAAUGGGAAAUGAGGUCUUGUGGGACUUGGGAAAAGACAAAAAAAAAUGAGAAUUGCUUACGUACAUAGUGUAAGCAGGAUACGGGAAUCUAACAAAACAGUAAGCGAGAUCUGGGAUCGGAACUCCCCAAUGGGACCCCCUAUUAUUGGUUUGAUUUAUGACGAAAAAUGAGGGUCUGGUUUAGGGGUUUUCAUUUCUGUAUCCUUUUGCUAUUUAGGCCAUCUCCUGUUAUUCUUUUACUCUUUUAGUCCAUUUUUUUUCUAUUUCUGCGUCAUAGUUCUCUUUUAUUUUUAUAUCCCCAUUCUUUUUCUAUCUAAUGCCCAUUAUUCUCUGUUGUAUGCCCCUGAAUCUCUUUCCCGUAAACUCCAUCCAGACCCCCAUUAAUUCUUUGUCUGUAAAAAAUACUCACACAUAAGUGACAUAACAAAUGUUUGUGUUUCAUAAUCAUUUAUUAUCAUGUGAAUUUGAAGAUUAAUUUUUUUCAAGAACAUUUUAUAUACAAAAAACUGGUUGUUUUCUUGUAGAUUUUUUACUUAUUUAGAUAUAUUAUAAGCAUUUAAAUGAUCGUUGUGAUGAUUUUUUUAUUCAUUAGUUAAUUUUUACACUUGGACUUGAUUUAUGCUGCAUUCAGCUUAUAUGUAUUACACUGGCAAAAAAAAAGUUAAAUGCAGAAAUUUUCAAAUAUAAUACAUAAAAAUGUCCAGCUUAUGUGUAUUUUGCAAGCCUGUAAUUGACAAAUGGAAAUACUCACUGAGAGAAAUAAAAACAGAAAUAUUAGUUUAAUUUUUACAAAUGGAAAAUUGUCAUUUUGAAUAUUUCAUUUUUCUAAAUUUCAAAAAAAGUUUUGAAAAGUUUGAACAUUGUCAAGUGUUUUAAAGGAAAUCCGCUACAUAUAAAUGCAGCCAAAAAUGAAAUCCCUCUAUAUGUAUACAUUUUUAUUAGAGAUUAUUUACAACUUGUUAGUGAGCUUAUUGUUUUUUGUGACAUAUUGAAAACAUUUUUUUGUUGUUCCAUCUUAUUUAAGUAUUUGAACCCUACAUUUGACUGGUCAGUGAAAAUUAACCAUAUGAAUACAAAAGUUUUACUUUGGUUUGGUUCACAUAUAACAGUCAAAGUAUAGGAUUAAACAUACCAUGAACACUGUGGGGGAUCAGGGGGAGGGUUCCGGGAGUUGGAACCCUCCUUUUUUUUUACGAUCAAUGCAUUUGAAUGGGACAUAUAGUCGGAAUCCUCCUUUUGUCCUGGGUUGGGAACCCCCCAUUUUUCAAAUGGCUGGAUCCACCACUAAAGAACACAUGUACAUUCUAAAUACUAUUUUAUACUGUACUGAAAUAAACCAUGUAGAAAAAAAGUUCUAUUAUGUGAACCAUACAUGUAUGUUGAAAAAAGUGAUUGUUACAUGUACUGUACUGAAAUUCAACAAUGUAGUAAACUCCUAUUAUACGAACCAUAAAUGUACAUUCUAAAUACUGAUUCAAUACAGUACAAAAAUAAACCAUGUAGAAAAUGUGUAUUUUGUGAACCAUUUUAAAUACUGAUGAAUACAGUACAGAAAUUAACCAUAUAGAAAAAUUCUUUUUUAUGUGAACCAUGCAUUGUAAAUACUGAUAUGGUUUUGAACACAUGUAUUUACUUAUUUUUCAUCAAAUAUGAGAUGGAAUUGACAUAUCAUGCUUGUAUGCCAGUAAGUCAUUUGGUUCAUUUGUUUAAAAGUUUAAAAACUUUGGUUUACUCCCUAACCAUUCUAUAUUCAAUUUUGGCACCUUAUAGCUAUUAUAAUGUUUUCACAUUUAUAUGUCAAGUGAAUGAAAUUUUUGAACGUCUGAAAUUAUAAAAUAUGUUGAGAAGUUUUUUAAAGCUGGAUGAUUUAAAUAUUUAAAUAAAUCUCUUUUUUACGGGCAUUUUGAACAAUUUAUCCUUUUUGGAAAUAUUUGCUACACUUUUUAAGCAUAACAAAUCGCAGGUAUAGUAUAAAGGUUGGACUUGCAUAAUAGAUUAUUCCCAAUGAUAUAAAUUUGAGUCUGAGUUAUUUAUGUUUUUGACCUUGAGGGAAAGCAAACUGGUUGAUUUUCUUAUUUGACAAUUGGUAUUCAAAUUUAAACAAAUAGUACAAGAAAUUCUGAUAAAAGAUCCAUCCUAGGUUUUCUUAAGCAGUCAUUAAUAAGUGGAUGUUACUGUACAAAGUCAUGAAAAGGGAAGUAACUUUGGAUUCCAAUAAGGUCCAUGGAAAUAUAUCUAGUACAAAACAAAUAGUGGUAUAUUACUCUUUUCUUUACACUACCUCAACACAAAUUGGCUAAAUUGUGACCAAAUAAAUGUGCCCUUAGUUUCCAAAAUCAAAAAUCCCAAACUUGAUGAAAUUUUCAAUUUCCUAAGUAAGAUUUCCUUAAGAUGACACCUUGAGCUAGAAGCUGCUACGAUUGAAUUUCAUUUUAUGAAUAUGUGUAAAUAUUAUUAUUUAAUUAGCAAUACCAGAUCUGGAAGAUUUGAUGUCAUAAUGUUGUAAUUGUUUAUCAUGUCAGUUUUCUGACUUUAAUAAUCUAUUAUUUUUUUUGUUUUCUCAUUUUACUUGCAAUUUUGAUUUAUUAUUUUGAAAUAAAGAUGUUACUGGGA